AUGAAGAUUCUAUGUGUGGCGGAGAAGAACUCAAUUGCCAAAGAAGUCACCAACAUUCUAUCCGGAGGCUCCAGCAGAACGCGCGACUCGUCCUAUAAAUUCGUCAAGAACUAUGACUUCACGUACAAUUUCCCGAGGUUGGGCCAAUGCCAGGUGACCAUGACUGCCGUGUCGGGACACAUCUUGGGCACAGACUUCGGGCCGGAAUAUGCAUGGGGGAGAUGUCCUCCUGGCCGUUUAUUCGACGCGCCCUUGGUCACAAAGGUGGCUGCAGACAAAGAUAAGCGGAGCCAGAAGAUUCAUGACAAUAUCGUCAAGGAAUCGCGAAACGCAGACAAAUUGAUGAUCUGGACCGAUUGCGAUCGCGAGGGCGAGCAUAUAGGCUGGGAGAUCAUGCACAUUGCGCUGCUGAAAAAUCCCAGGUUGAACCAUCUGGGCACCUGGAGAGCCCAGUUCUCGCACUUGGAGCCGGCGCACAUUGUGGCUGCCGCUCGAGAUCCCAAGCUGCUCGAUAUGCGUCUAGUGGAGGCGGUCGAGUGCCGGAAAGAAUUCGAUCUCCGUGUGGGUUUGUCUUUCACGCGCCUCUUGACAAAUGUGUACAAGAGCAGGGGCUUGGUGGGCGAUAAGGAGGUGGUCUCAUAUGGAACGUGUCAGUUUCCGACCCUAAGUUUUGUUGUAGAUCGCUAUCUUCGAGUCAAGAACUUCACGCCAGAACCUUUCUGGCUGUUAAACGUCGUCGUGGAGCGCAAUGGCCAAAAAGUGCCUUUCACAUGGAGUCGGGGCAACAUAUUUGACAAAGCUUUCGUGGCUAUCAUAUACACCCAACUCCUUAGGGCGCCAAAUGAUGCCAAAAUCACUCAUGUAGGAACUAGUCCCACGUCUCAUUACCGUCCUUUUCCAUUGACUACAGUUGAACUCCAGAAAUGUUGUUCUCUAUUCUUCAAGAUGUCAGCAAAGCGGGCCUUGGAUGCCGCAGAGCUGCUAUAUACUGCUGGGUUUAUCUCAUACCCACGUACAGAAACAGAUCGAUUCCCAGCGAAUAUGGACCUUCUAUCGUACGUGAACAAACAAAAACAAGACGCUAAGUGGGGCGCAUACGCUCUGAAAUUAGCAGACUCAGGUGCCUUUCGUCAGCCUCGUGCCGGAAAGCACGAUGACAAAGCGCAUCCCCCAAUCUAUCCAGUCAAAUACACAAAGCUAGACACUUUGAAGCCAGAUCAACAAAAAGUGUAUGAAUUCGUCGUGAGAAGGUAUCUAGCAUGCUGCUCAGACGAUGCGCGUGGUUUCAAGUCUACAGUCAAUAUGGAAUGGUGCAAGGAGCAAUUCUCCGCCACUGGUGUUCAAGUAACAGAGAGGAACUACCUUGAUGUGUACAUCUAUCAGCUGUGGCAAAGCUCGCAAUUACUUCCAGAUUUCCAGCAGGGCCAGGCGGCUAAUAUUCACAGUGCCAAGGUUAAAGAGGGUAAGACUUCACCACCAGAAUACAUGACAGAACGAGAGCUCAUUUCCCUCAUGGAUGUCAAUGGAAUAGGAACCGACGCUACCAUCGCCGAACAUAUCGACAAAAUCAUCCAGAGAAAUUAUAUCUCGCGCCGGAAAAUGGGCACAAAGGAAGUGUUCAUUCCCACCUCCCUAGGUGUGGCUCUCAUCCAAGCAUUCGAUGCAAUCCUCAAGGAUCGCAUUUCCAUGUCCAAACCUUUCCUCCGACGAGCUCUUGAAGGACUCCUUCAAAAAAUUGCACGUGGUGAAAUUACCCGUCAGGAUGUGGUCAAUCAGCUCUUGCCCAUGUACAAAGAAGCAUUCACAGAAACGAACCGCAUGAGCAGUCUACUAGCAGAUACAUUCACAGAGACCAAUCGCCGGAUCAGCGAAAAUACCUAA